UCAUAUAUAUACAAAAAUAAUGUUAUGACAGAAUGCACGUGUCGUGCACAUAAUUUUGUAUUAAAAAAAUUUAUGGAAUUAAAAAAAAGUUACUAUAUAAAUAUGUAAAGAAUAAAAAGUUAAAAAGAAUUAAAAAAUAGAAAUAAAAUAGAAUUUUAAUUAAAUAUAAAAUACUUCCUCUAGAAGCAGAUAUUAACAAAUUUAUCGAAAUUAAAAUAUUUUAUUAAACAGGAAAUAUGACUUCAUCGGACUAUGAACACUAUCGACAACAGCAGGAAAAAUUUGUUUCCAAUCAUAUGGGAACAACGCCUAGAGAAGUUAUUUUCGUAUUAUUACCAAAUAUUUGUAGCAUUCUACUUACUACAUCGAUUUUGGCUUUAUUUAAACAAAAAUUAAGUUCAAAUAUUCGAAUAAUUAUUGAAUUUUCAUUGACGAUAGUUCCAUGUAUUUUGUGCUGUACUGUAUUAUCUGAAUAUUUAAUUCAUGUUUGUGCUUCUAUGCUUAUAUUUUCAUUAAUAUUUAUUUUUAUAAUUGUAAAAAAAUCAACGCCAUUAAUGGGCAAUUUUGUAGUUUCUCAAUCUAAAAGACUGACUUUUGUAACAAAUUUUAGAGCAUUGGUUAAUAUUGUAACAGUUGUAUGCAUUCUUGCAGUAGAUUUUAAAGUGUUUCCACGUAAAUUUGCGAAAACUGAAAUUUAUGGAUAUAGUUUAAUGGACACUGGUGUAGGACUUUUUAUCAUAGCCAAUGCUCUAGUUGCACCUGAGGCAAGAAACAAAAUAAUAGAUAAAAAAUUGAUAUUGCCUGAAAUGCUAAAGUCCAUUAAAAGCUGCAUUCCUCUGUUAGUACUAGGAUUUGCGCGCUUUAUUUCUAUUGAAUAUUUAGGAUAUCAAAAACACAUUACCGAGUAUGGAGUGCAUUGGAACUUUUUUAUAACAUUGGCAUUUGUCAAAUUGUUCAUAAGUAUAAUUCCCAAAACUAUAACUCGUAAAUAUUCACUUUCAUCUGGAAUUUGGUUACUAAUAAUGUAUGAAUAUGGUUUAAGUGGAAAAAAUUUAAAGAAAUGGAUUUUAAGUGAAGGCUCUAGAAUUGAUUUUAUAUCGGCAAAUCGUGAAGGUCUUGUUUCACUUCCUGGUUACAUUGGACUUUAUUUGAUUGCUGUGUCAAUUGGAUCGGUUAUUCAUUCAUCUUAUCAAAAUUUGAGAACUAAUUCCAAAAAAUCCCAAGAGCAAUCUGUUUUAGAAAUAAAACUUUUAAGACAUAACAUUACAGUGGCUUAUAAUCAAUCAAUGAUACUAUGUAUAAAACUAUGUUUAAUAGCUUCUCAUGCUUUUGGCGUUACUCUAAUUUGUGAUAAAUAUUUCUCAGUUUCAAGACGACUUACCAAUAGUGGCUAUUGUGCUUGGAUUCUUACUCUCAGCACAACAUUAUUAACAUUACUUUUAUUAGUUGACAUUGUUAUUGAUAUAUUUAUUCGACAUGAAACAAAUCAAACGUCCUCCGAUAUAAAAAUCAAAACAAAAGCACAAAAACUAAAAGAACAAAUUUCUACACAAUCUGUUAGUGAAACUUUCGAAAUUUUCGAAGCCGUUAAUUAUAAUGGUUUAGCAUUCUUUCUGGUUGCUAAUCUUUUAACAGGAACUAUAAAUAUGUCUAUUAAAACACUGAAUACUAAUAACACCUCAGCUCUAAAUAUUCUUAUAGUUUAUAUGGCAAUUAGUAUAUCAUUUGCUGUGGUUUGUUACAGAUUAAAAUUUCAAAUAAAAUUAUAAUUGUAAAAA